GCAAACGGAAAUUUGGAGAUAUCACAUGUUUUGGCCUAGAGCUAAUUGAUUUGUUCGUUUCGCCCUCGGUUCCGUGUCGAGAGGGCACAGGGGCUGCGAGAGAGAGAGAGAGAGAGAGAGACUCGAGAGCAAACUGAGACGGAGAGAGGAACCAUUGCCGCUGUUUCUGUGCCACUUCCUCCCAAACUGCGGUAGUUUCCUUGGCCAGAUCUUCGUGGUCUGACCUGCGUCGAGUGGCUAACAGCUCGUUGCUGGUUGCAAAUAGGGAUGCGUUGUGGGUAGGUCGAGGACCAGCGCUUGCGGAAAAUCUACAGCGCGAUAACGGGACAAGGCGGUUGGACGUUUGGCUCGACUGCAACUCCUACUGCCAGACAGGAUGGACGUUUACGAAGAGCCGCAGUCGGGUGCGAUCGACGAAGACCUCUACGAGAAUCCUAUCGAGGAGCAGCAGAGGCAGACCCCUGCCAUGAAGCCGGUCGCUGCGCGGCCACAGCCCGCGGGCAAGGCAUCGGCGCCUAGAAAGCCAGCACGUCCAGUGACUACAGUCAUUGGUGACCUGCCCGGACAGAAUGGAAGCGCUGACGGGCAACCGCCCAGUCAGUGGCAAGUUCCACUGAGAAGCACGGGGAAGAUAGAAGAAGCACGAAACCAGCACCGCUUGUCUCUGAGGCAUGCGCCUCCUCAGCACCAGUAUCCGACGCAGAGCGCAUCCAACGCCCCCGAACCAAGCGAGCAUAAUCAGCAACGCCUGCCCGAUCCCGCGAACCGAAAGUCCGGACCGCCAGCGGGCGUCGUUGCCGGUGGGUUCCGUCUUCCUGCGGCUAGCUUCAUCACAGCAAACAAGCCACAGCUUCGGAAGAGAGACUCUGAGGUGGUACCGCCCAGUGAGAAAACACCUGCAGCCAAGCCAUCAACGCCUCCAGCUGUUUCUUCUAAACCUGCACCGAAGAGCAAACCACCGCUUGCCAGCAAGCCAGGAUCUCAGACCAAACUAGCACCGGCUCAAAACAAGCCGCAGCCCAAGGGCCCCAAGCCGCCGUCUUCACCGGCCCUUAUCUCCAAGGCAAGCCAGUUGACAGUGACGGUGUCAACACCACCACUUGGCUCACCGCGAACACCAUCCUCGCCGACACCGACGGGUGAAAGCACGAUGGCGCGACGAUUCCGCCGGCUUCCGCUCAAGUCUGUGGAUCCUGCUCAGCCUCCUCCAGUACCCAUAGCAAGCAAGCCAAGUCUGCCACCCGAGGGACAGAAGCUGGGACAAAGUAGCACACCAGAACCUGCCAAAACUCCAGUGCUGGCCCCUAAUCCACUGGCACUGGCUCCAUCGCCGGCCCUCAAAACAGGGAAUUCCCCACUGCCCCCGCGGCCAGGUGAGGCUAGUCCCUCCAGCCACGCCGUGCCAGCCCGACCAGCCAAAUCAGAAUCACCAACUCCAAUUCGUCCACCGAAGGACGUUAAUAAGCCCAAGCGAGUGCCGUCCAUGAGCAGACCAGGAACACUGCGGCCAGAGCGACAGCAUAGUCCACCCAGAUCAGUACCUCCGCCUCCACAACCAGGUGACGAGUCGGACUCGUUUGAUGAAGUGGCCGAUGAUGAGGAAGACUCCGGUCUGUACGAAGCAACCAUGGAUGAGAGUCAUGCACCGGAAAUUGUUGAAAUGGGACCCGACGAUGAGCUAGAGGGUGACUUGGAUAAUGUGUUGGACAGCAUGGGAGGUAACUCAUCAACACCUGCAAGCGCUGCACCAUCAGCUGCUACAUCAACCAGCACACUGCUAGUGGGAGUUGCAUCGCCACCGCCACCACCACUGGUGCCCGAAGAUGCAGAGGAGGAAGGCAUCGAUGAAGACUUCUACGAUGACGUGGACGAAGUCGCAUCACAAGUCCGUGCAAACCAGGCGAGAGAGGCAGAGGCUGCCGCCGCUGCUGCUGCUGCUGCUAAUACCGUGCAUGGCAGUGGUGGUGUUGUCCCGGAUGAUAUGGUGUAUGAGAUUGAGGAUGGCCAUGGGACACUACCACCCCCAUCAGACGAGCUGUACGAUGAUGUGCCAUGCGGUGGAGGUGCCGGUGAAGACGUUGUGGAAGAGAUUGAGGAAGAGGAAGAGUACAAUGAAGUGGCUGACAUUGACCGAUCUGGUUCGUUCUCGGAUGUUGUCGGAGACAGUGAUGAGUGGUCCAAUGAUGAAACUUUGGAUCAUGACCCAGCACCUUUGCGAGCAGGCGCACCCAACGCUGGCACUGCGGGACAGAAUGGAGUCGGCCAGGAUGGCGGACCAAAGCGGAAACUCUCGAAGCGAUCGAAGAAACAGAUGAAAGAAGCGGAAAAGCAGAAGGUAAUCGAUGAGAAGAAAGCCAAGGAGGACGCCAAGAAACGAGAGAAGGAAGAGCGAGAGGCAGCCAAGCAACGUGAGAAAGAAGCCAAGGAGCACAAGAGGAAAGAGGCCGAGCGAAUGAAGCUAGUCGAAAAGCAGCGCAAGCACCACAAAGUAACGGCCCAAGACCAACCACGGUUUGUCACCACAGCCAAGAACGCCGUGAAGAAAGCACCAAGCCACUACCUGACAUUCAAUGCAGGUGAACGCUUCAACGUACUCUUCUCCGAACCAGACAAGAAUCACAAGCUACCAAACAACGUGUUCCUGGUGGAAAGGCAACUGGAUGAACAAGUUGGAUAUGUCAUGGUCAUGAAUCUUGUGACGGUGAGGACAUAG